AUGCUUCGCUCUCUGACCCGGCGCCGCCUCCAUGCGCCGCUCGCCCGCCACAGCACGCGCGCCAUGCACCAGCUCAAGAUGAGCCCCGAAGUCGAAGCUGCGCUCCGUGACGGCAAGCCCAUCGUCGCGCUCGAGUCGACGAUCAUUAGUCAUGGCAUGCCGUUCCCGCAGAACUUUGAGAUGGCAACCAAGGUCGAGGCCAUCGUGCGCGAGCACGGCGCGUGUCCCGCGACGAUCGCGAUCCUCGAGGGCGAGAUCUGCGUCGGCCUCGCCGAGAGCCAGCUGCACACGCUGGCGUCGCUCGGCGCCAAGGCCACCAAGUGCUCGACGCGCGACAUUGCGUCUGUCGUCGCCUCCAACGGCACGGGCGCGACGACCGUCUCGAGUACCAUGCGCAUUGCGCAUGCGGCCGGCAUCGACGUGUUUGUGACGGGCGGGAUUGGCGGCGUCCACCGCUUCUGCGAAGACACCCUUGACAUCUCGACCGACUUGAUGGAGCUGUCCCGGACGCCUGUCGCUGUCAUUUGCGCCGGUGUCAACACGUUGAGUUUCUAG